AUGACCGUCGGAAAUGAACGGCAGCAACGUGUUGCUGCGAGUUUUGCCCGCCAGUAUUACACACUGAUGGUGCAGAUGCCGGAAAGAUUGCCUUCCUUCUACACCCAAAAUGCGUCCUUUAAUCACAUGGGACACAAGGCAACUGACAUCAUGGAGAUCGAAGAUGCCGUAUCGAAGCUGUAUCCCAUGCAGGCUGACGCAUCGGUGAAGAUUCAAAGUUUGACCACGCAAACAGAUGGGGACGGGCACAUUCAUGUGAUGAUCAAAGGCUCAAUCACAACUCCACCAGGCAUGAGCCAGGAAUUUAUCCAUUUGGUGGAACUCAUGGAGCAUGAGUCGCAUCCGGGCAGCUUUGGGAUAGUUUCUGACAAGCGCGAAAACACUUUCGGCGAAGAGGCGCCGAGAAGGUGGGCCUUGGAAACACCCCCAAUGUUUGCGAAGGAACCUGCACAUGGCAUCAUGGAGCAGAUUGAACAACCGGUCUCAACGACGGAAAUGGCAACAAUAGAGAAUGCCACAACAAAGAAGGAUGUGGAGAAACUGGAGAAGGCGGAGUCACUUGCCUCCGCAAAGGAUGCAUCUCCAGUUCCUGCUGCUGGUACAACUGUUCCUACGACGAGUCAGUCUCAGGCAUCCAAAGAUGUAGAGAAGACAACAGACAAGGCGGAUCCAUCUGUCCCCGCCACAACUACGGAGGUGAAGAAGCCCAAAAGCUUCGCAGAGGCUAUCAUGAUGUCCAAACGUGUUGGACCUUCACAGGGACAAAAGACACUGCUUACGGUGCUGGCGAAGGAGAGCAGGGAACCAACAGCUUUGACUCCAGCGAAGGAGAAAAAAAAGGCGGUGGCUCGUCCAGUGGAAAAAAACGGCACGAAAACUGUUCCCAAGAACGGUGUGAAUAAGAAGACGGCUGGGACACCAGUGCCAGCUAACGAUGGAAAGAAGAACGGGAAGGCAUUGGCUACAGGCAGCAACAGGAAAAGCAACAACAGCAACGAAGCCAAUAAUAAACGGAAAGACGCAGAUGGUCGUGCAUUGAGCCGUUUUGUGGUAUUUUACGAUAUCAUUGUAAAGGGUCUUCCCACGGACGCAACAGAACAGACAGUCCGUGAUAUUGUGGAUCCCACCGCGCCAACUAAGCUUAUCAAGGUACUUUCACGAACCGAUAAAAAAGACCCAAAUGUCAUGCGCACCUUUGCAUUUGUUCAACUGGACCACAACGCCAUUAAGGAAGCUGGUGAUGACGUCAAGGCGGCAGUAGCCAAGGUUUUGGCAGCUCAUAAGGGGAAAAAGAGUGUGGCUGGUCAUCGCAUUCAGAUUGACGAGGUUCGCGAGAAGUAUACGGCCGCGCCUAAUGAUGUGGCAGUGGAUGUAUCUGCGUGA